UUUCCUGUCGAGAGCUCUCUUUGUCUACUCAAAGACCCAGAGAGGAGGAACUGGUCCACCGUGCAGCUGCUGCGGGUGUUGGUACAUGAGCGGAAGACUUCCUGCUGCAGGUGGAGAAAGGAGGAGGAAAGGAUCGAGUCCCGGAGCUGAGAGCGAUGCUCACCGAGCGGCUCGCGGCGGCGGGGGAGCAGAUCCUCGCGGGGCUGGAGGAAACCUUGUUAGAGUCCGAGGAGCGAGUGGAGCGGACAGAGCGGUCCCAGCGGGAGGUCUGCCGCCAGAGGAGGCUGCUCGAUGCCGCGAUGCAGCCCGUAGUCCGGCUGCACAGAGCAGUGUGUCCUGCAGACGUCCAGCAACUAAUGGUGAAUAAAGACGAGGUUCCCCCUGAGCAGCAGCAGUGGAGCCCCCUUGUGGACCAGGAGGACCCAGAUUCCCCCAACAUUAAAAAGGAGCAGGAGGAACUGUGGACCACUCAGGAUGGACAGCAGCUUCAAGGACUGGAGGAGGCUGAUGUCAAGUUCACAUCGGAUCCCGUCGCUGUGAAGAGUGAAGAAGAUGAAGAGAAACUUAAAUCUUCAAAGCUUCAUCCGAGUGAGACGAAGGAGAACAGAGCGGACUGUGGAGGACCAGAACCAGCCAGGAACUCAGGUCCUGAUGUACUUUUACAACCAGGUCCUGAGGACAAGGCUGAAGACUCUUCUGAGACUGAAGUCAGUGAGGAUGAUUGGAUGGAGCCUCUAAGUGAUAUGGAAUGUAAGACAGAAAAAAAAACGUUUUGUUGCUCUGAGUGUGGUAAAAGAUUUAACCAUAGGUGCAGUCUAAAUCUACAUAUGAGGAUUCAUACAGGAGAGAAACCGUUUAGUUGCUCUGAGUGUGGUAAACGAUUUAACCAAAGGGGUGAUCUAAAUAGACAUGAGAGGAGUCAUACAGGAGAGAAACCGUUUAGUUGCUCUGAGUGUGGUGAAAGAUUUAACCAAAGGAGCAAUUUAAAUAGACAUGAGAGGAGUCAUACAGGAGAGAAACCGUUUAGUUGCUCUGAGUGUAAUAAACGAUUUAGCCAUAGGUGCCAUCUAAAUACACAUAUGAGGAUUCAUACAGGAGAGAAACCGUUUAGUUGUUCUGAGUGUGGUGAAAGAUUUAACCUAAGGGGCAAUCUCAAUAUACAUAUGAGGAGUCAUAGAGGAGAGAAACCGUUUAGUUGCUCUGAGUGUGAUAAACAAUUUGGCCAUAGGUGCCAUCUAAAUAUACAUAUGAGGAUUCAUACAGGAGAGAAACAGUUUAGUUGCUCUGAGUGUGGUAAAAGAUUUAACAGGAGGGGUGAUCUAAAUACACAUAUGAGGACUCAUACAGGAGAGAAACGGUUUAGUUGCUCUGAAUGUGAUAAAAGAUUUAGCCAUAGGGGCCAUCUAAAUACACAUAUGAGGAGUCAUACAGGAGAGAAACCGUUUAGUUGCUCUGAGUGUGGUAAAAGAUUUAGCCUCAUUGGCAAUCUAAAUAUACAUAUGAGGAGUCAUACAGGAGAGAAACAGUUCAGUUGCUCCGAGUGUGGUAAAAGAUUUAGCCAUAGGAGCAAUCUCAAUAGACAUAUGAGGUUUCAUACAGGAGAUAAACCGUUUAGUUGAUCUGAGUGUGGUAAAAGAUUUUAGAUUCAGUCCUUUUGUACGAGACAUGUGAGGAUUCAUAAAGGAGAGAAGUGAUUCAGUUUCAACCUUUGCAUCAAAAGUUGAUUUAUCAGCAGAUAUUCAUAUUAUACAUAUUCUUAGUUCAAUGUUUUAAAUAGACUAUUAACAGUUUCUAUGUCCCUAGAAAAUAGCACUCAUUGAAUAACACUAAAGAUUUUUGUUUAUAUAUCUUAAAUUAGCCUAAAACGCCUGUUUGAGGACACCCAAAUUAUAUCGAAAGCUGUUCUUGAACCAUUUGGAGUACAUGUAUGAUCUUGGUCUCUUUUGAAAGGUAACAUUCUGAACUUUUUCCCCCCAACAGUCAGAAUCACUCUAAGCGCUACUGGCAUUGAGUAAUAGCAGUUGGCACACAGUGAAGUAGAAGGUUUUUAGUUCCGCCCGAAUAUGUUUUAAUAAACAGAUGCCUGCAGAUGACUCUAUCUGGGACUUAUGAGCUGGAAAACACAAUGGGACCCUAUCAUGAAGCCUUGACUAGCCCAAGUUCAAAUUUGAUAACAAUGCCACAGAAAAUGAAUAUUUGACAGAUUUUAUCCUAAGCGCAUGUCUAUGCAUUUUCCAAAAAGGCCAUUGGGAGACUCCAAAGGACCCUUUGUAACCAUUGUAACCAACCAGGUUAAAAAAGCUAAAUUUACACUCAAAAUCAUACGUUUAUAUAAAGGAGACAAAACCGGUCAUAUGGUUUAAAAUGUAUACAAAUAAACUUCUUUCAUAUUAUUUAGCAACAUGUAGCAGUCACGAUGGGGAUGAAACAGUGACGCAUGAUGCUCUUGGACCAGCUGGACACUGUUGGGAAAUUUCAUUGGCUAAACGAUACGCCAGUCAUCAGAACAAUAGGUUGGAAUUGGCUCAGCCUUUACACGUCAGAAGAGGGGCAUGCUCUUUCCAACAACAACUAGGUGCCUCGUUGGCUUUUGCAGGCUGCGAACAGCCCAUGCCAGCUCCGAUUGGGUCAAGUUUAGAUUGACAGCUCACUUGAACCAAUAGGACAUGGCUUUCCACCAUUUUGAGAUCUUUGUUUACAUGCACACAGAGUUACAAGUGAGAGUAUGUCCCAGUUUACACGGAGGAGGUGGCUGAGCUGACAUUAUAAAACAGCUGACAGUGGCUAUUCUUUGAUGUAAUAGUGUGUUUUGGACUGACAUUGUUACUGGAUUGGAUCGUCUGGACCUUUGGCGAUGUACUAACACCGUUUUUGUUGGAAUGUCAUCGAUCUGUGGAUUAAUAUGAUCGGAUCUUUAAAUGGUUUAAAUCAGUGAAAUCUGAAGAAUCUUUGCUUUCAAACGAUAUGUUACAUUAGUACCUAGCUGUACAACGCAGUUCUGUAAAUAAGAAUGUUUGGCGCUGAUCGGUAAAACAGCGCACCUGGACGAUGAUUAAAUAUGUUUUUUUAAAUAA